GCGGCGCGCUCCCGUGAACUAAUUCAUUGUAUCAGACUGAGACAGGAGGAAGCAGCGAACGACUGGGCAGACUGGAGAGCCGCUUAGCUUCGAGAAAUACUGAAAAACCCGACCGCUUGGCACAUAAACUGAAGGGAUGGCAGCCAUCCGUAAGAAGCUGGUGAUAGUCGGCGAUGGAGCCUGUGGGAAGACUUGUCUUCUUAUCGUCUUCAGCAAGGACCAGUUCCCUGAGGUCUACGUUCCCACCGUGUUUGAGAACUAUGUUGCUGACAUCGAAGUGGACGGCAAACAGGUUGAGCUGGCUCUCUGGGACACGGCCGGUCAGGAGGACUACGACAGGCUGAGACCCCUCUCCUACCCAGACACUGACGUCAUCCUCAUGUGUUUCUCCAUAGACAGCCCCGACAGCUUGGAAAAUAUUCCUGAAAAAUGGACCCCAGAGGUCAAGCACUUCUGCCCCAACGUCCCUAUAAUCCUUGUAGGAAACAAGAAAGAUCUACGUAAUGAUGAGCACACGCGUCGAGAGCUGGCCAAGAUGAAGCAGGAACCAGUAAAGUCGGAGGAAGGCCGGGACAUGGCCGGGCGCAUCGCAGCCUUUGGUUAUAUGGAAUGUUCUGCAAAGACCAAGGAUGGCGUACGGGAGGUGUUCGAGAUGGCAACCAGGGCGGCGCUGCAGGCCCGCCGCGGAAAGAAAAGCAAUAGAUGUGCACUGCUGUAAAACGGCAGACAUAUUUGGACUGUUUUCACCCUGGGCUGUUCUACCCGGGGAUAGGGCUCAGUGGGGAAAGAGGGAUCACUAGAACGAGAGGGAGGGGAGGGAAGGGGAAGAAAAGACUGCAGUACAUGACUACCGCUGUAAACUGGCUGUUUGUUGGACUCUAUUUACCCUGGGACUCGGGUUUAGGAAGGAAGGAGCACAGUAAAUGACUGCCGCUGUAAACC